UUAAUGAGGUUGUAAUCUGAAUCUCAUUUCUGCACUGACGAACGGGCCAAGGCACAACAGUUCCAAGUUAUUGAAAUUAGAAAUUUAACCCCGGGGAUGGCCAAGGCUAUUGUGGAGAGAACUAGGCAAAGAAAACCGUGCACGAAAGGCAAUAAUGUGGUUCUUCCCAGUGUAAUGUCAAUGCACUCUGUGAGCCUACUUAUUGUAGCAAUAUUACUUAAGGCAAGAUCAUUGGGAGAACGUGGAAGAUAUAUAGAGGCUGCAAAGUAGUGCAAAGUUAUUCUUGAUACAGUUGAAAUCAGCACUACCUAACGGAAUGCCUGUAGACAUUGGCGAGGACUGCAAAUUGCCAGACAUGUUUCACAAAGCGCCCGAGCUGCUCCCCAUUUUAUGGACAAAGGCAGGCUAUCUUGAUGAGGCUAUCACUGCGUAUUGCUGGGCUUUAAUCAAGCCAUGGAAUAUAGAACCGGAUAGGUUUACUGCUAUUCAGAAAAGUUUAGCUCGCACAUUACUCUAUGGCGGUGUUGAAGCAAACCUUCCCCCUCAGUUACAAAUAUGGGGCACAACUAUGCCCAAAAAUAAUACAGAAGAAGCAAUUCUGUUGUUGGUAAUUCUUGUGAAAAAGGUGGCUUUGCGAGAGACAAAGUGGGAUCCAAAAAUCAUGAAUCAUCUGACUUACGCUCUUUCUGUUACCGGAUUGUAUAGACGAGCUGAGAGGUGGUACUUUCUUGCUCUUUGUUAUACUGCCUGUGGAAAAAUCGAACUAGCCUUGAAACUUUUGAAGAAGUUGCAGGCUGUUCCAAAGCAAAGACCAAGCCCCACUUCCCUUCUUUUUUCUUGGGAGCAAAAUUCUGUUACCAAGAUCCGAUUCACGCUCGUGACUGGAUAGUUUUUUCGUGUCAAGCUAUUCACUUGGUGAAUCAUCAAUGCGGGCAUUUCAUGGGUCAAUGCCAUAAAUUGAGCUCAAGAAGACUUCCAGCAGUAAUUGUAAUAUGUAGGUAAGAUAGGCAUGUCUGAAUAAUAGUUCCUUUGAUGUGAGACGUAUGUGAUUUCAGAUGUUAAUUUUGAAGUUAUUGCGGAUGUUUCGUGUUAUGUUUGUUAUUUUGAAUGUUUAUUUGGACUUUGGAUA